GGACGCCAGCUUUCUCAAACAUUUGCAUCCACGAUACCGGCUUUCUAUCCUCCGAUACAGACAUUGGCGCUUCGCGCCUCAAGCUCGCUAUGCGUUUCUUAUGCUUGUUCAGCGUCCCUCUUUUUGCUGGCUUCGCCAUUGCGGAUGUGAAAUUCACAAGCCCGGCAGCAGGAUCAUCGCACGCAGGCGGAGGGUCGCUCCAAGUAACAUGGGAAGAUUCAGGCACUGCGCCAGCCCUUUCCGACCUAACAACGUACCAACUGUUCUUGUGCGCGGGCGGCAAUGACGCUUCCUCCAUCGUCCAGCUGGCGAGCCUGGUCGCCGACGGCACCUUCGCCGUCACGGGCAAUUCUGCAGAAGCGUUCGUCGACGCCUCUAUUGGCGCCAGCACGCCCGAGAAUGCAUACUUUCUCAAGAUGAUCUCUGUCGCGGCGACCGGUGGCACGGUGAUCAAUUACUCCUCGCGUUUCUCCCUGACCGGGAUGACUGGCAGCUUCCCAGCCAGCGUAAUCACGGCGAUGAGCACUGUGUCAGGCACAAAUGGGCCAGAUACAGAGAACAACGUCGGGCAAGCCGCGACAACGGCCGCGACGGGAGCACAGGGCUCCUUUGCGAUUCCAUUCGCGGAGCAGACAGGACCUUUUCGAUACGCGUCCAUGCAGCAGGUGCCCCCGACGAAGAUCACGAAACAGACGAAAACACCGAUCAACCCCACGAGCCCGUACACUCUCGCCACAACUUUCUUACCCCCGCAGACGAGCAUCCAAUCCACUGUCACGGAGUCCGUCACCUGGUCGUUCAGUCAGAUGGAAAACACGGUUGCGGCUGCUUCCGGACCCUCCGGGGACAUGCAGAAAUUUCUCAACAGAUGGAAAGACUGAAGGACCGCUGUGAGAGAGAGAGAGGGAGGCUUUGAAUAUGUUUAGAAGGAUUACGACAGCAUAUAGCGCGGAGUUUUUGAAACGUUAUUCGAGGUUGCUACUUUAGCAUGGUGUUGGAAGGCAUAAUAUCGUGAAGCUAUGAAUGGCCGAUAUCAUCAUUACACAAAGAAGCGAAAUUAGAAAUCUAGCACAUGUUUUCGUGUCACAGUAUAACGUCCCCUGAUAUGCGCGAGCGCCAUU